AUGGACCAAGGAAAUAACUCAAGAGUGAUUGAAUUUGUGUUGCACAGUCUUUCAGGUCCUCGAGAGCUACAACUUUUCUACUUUGCAUUUUUCACACUCUCCUAUUCAUUCCUUGUGCUGGGAAACCUCCUUAUUGUGCUCAUAGUCUUCUCUGAACCUGUACUACACACACCCAUGUACUUCCUGCUCAGCAAUCUCUCCUUCAUUGAUGUGUGUCUAUCCACUUUUGCCACUCCGAAAAUGAUUGUUGACUUCCUCAUGGAGUGCAAGACCAUCUCCUUUGAGGGAUGCAUGGCUCAAAUAUUCUUUCAUCAUGUCUUUGCUGGUGGUGAAAUGAUGCUCCUUGUGGCCAUGGCAUAUGACAGAUAUGUAGCCAUAUGUCAACCCCUGCACUAUGCAGCCAUCAUGAGUAUACACAAGUGUGCAGGUCUUGUCAUAGGCUCCUGGCUUAUUGGGGUUCUGCACUCAGUAAGCCAGUUGGUCUUCACAGUAAACCUUCCAUUUUGUGGUCCAAAUCACGUGGACAGUUUUUUCUGUGACCUUCUCUUAGUUAUCAAACUUGCCUGCAAUGAUACCUAUACCUUUGAGAUACUGAUGCUUUCAGACAGUGGUCUAAUGACUUUGAGCUCUUUCGUGCUUUUGCUCAUCUCCUACACAGUUAUCCUGGUCACUGUGAGACAUCGAUCCUCAGCAGGCAUGGCCAAGGCCUGGGCCACCCUGACUGCUCAUGUCACUGUGAUGACCCUCUUCUUUGGGCCCUGCAUCUUCAUCUGUGUCUGGCCUUUCUGCAAAUUCCCAGUGGAUAAGUUUCUCUCAAUAUUCUAUACUGUUUUCACCCCUCUCUUAAACCCCUUGAUCUACACAUUAAGAAAUAAGGAGGUAAUAUCAGCAAUACAGAAACUGAGGAGGCAAAAAGUAAGUUCCUAA